UCGGGGUAGUCUGGGAGCGCGGGGACGGCUCCGACGGCUUCACUCGAGCGGCGUCUGCGGCGGCGGGGGUCGCUCACAACAAACCAAGACGAGCGCUUAAAUUAAAUCACAAUUAACGAUUGCAGAUAACCUUACGGCGUUACCGGCAGCGAAAUAAUGCUAAGCAUCGCGCUCACAACGCUGUAGCAUUGCGAGCGCUUUGUCGUUCUAUUAUUGUCAGCGGUGCGGUAACAAGGUUAUAAGAAGAACUCUCGUACAUAGCAAGGGAGAGGGUGCGCGUCUAAAUUGUAAGGCGAUUAUAAUUAUUAGCAUUAUUUUUAAUAUAGCUAGUAUAUUAACCAUAACGAUAGCAUCAUUGGCAGGCUCUGUAAAGCAGCAGCACUGAUUAUAGGUGGUGCAUAUAUAGAUUACAUAAUUCAUGUUUGACGUAAUAUAUAACCGGUGUUUGCAAUAAUUGUAAUAACUAUCAAUGCGUUCACAAUAAUAACACCGACAGACAGUCGUGUAAGCAGUAGCACACGUGUAGUAUCUUGAGUUGCAAUACGUUUAUAAUUAUUUACAGUUAUAAUUCACAUAAUACAACAUCGUGUAGGUUAACAGGCUUGAGAGAUAACCCGAACUCUUGACUUUCAACGCAUCUGCAAUAAUUACCCUCACUACCAUUGCCGCACUGCUCUGUGCGUGUGUCGGUGAUGAACUUCUAAGAGACCAUAGCCGGCCUCUCAAUACAAUACAGCAACAACGUCCAUUUGUCUACCCAUCACACAUUAUUGACAAUCACAAUUAUUGACAAUACAUACGACGGCAGCAAUAACAGCGGCAGUAACAGCAACAACAUCAGCAGCAACAUCAGCAGGGCAGCGGGCUGCACCGAACUCCCAUAGGUGAUGAAUAUACAGAUACCGGACGGACUCACGGAGCUGCUGCAGACCUUCACUGUGGAAGUCCUCCGCAAGAGACCGGCGGACAUCGUCUCCUUCGCCGCGGACUAUUUUGUCCAGCUCAAGGCGGCGCGGCUGGGACCGCAGGGCCGAGAUGGGAGACCGCAUCUGCAUCAGAAGCAGCAGCAGCAAGUAGAUGACCUGGUCUCCCCUCCUCUGGUGGCCCCGGGUUCUCCGCCUGGCUCCCGCGAGUCAUCCGCAUCGUCCCCCGGGUCUUCGUCCCCGCCUGCCGAUGGCCGAGGAGGUGGCGGAGGGCUUCUGGCGUCGCUGGUCAACUUCGUGCCAAGGGGCUCGGUGGACCGUGAUGAGGACGGUGAUGAUGAUGAUGACGACGACGACGAGUCGGAUUUUGAAGCGCCUGUGAUCAACCGCUAUGGAAGGCGAGCAUCUGUUUGUGCCGAGGCGUACAACCCAGACGAGGAAGAGGAGGACACGGAGCCGAAGGUGGUCCAUCCCAAGACAGAUGAACAGAGAAACAGGCUCCAAGAGGCCUGCAAGGACAUCCUGCUUUUCAAAAACCUGGACCAGGAGCAGCUCUCCCAGGUGCUGGACGCGAUGUUUGAGCGCCAGGUGGACAACGGCGAGCACGUCAUCGACCAGGGUGACGACGGCGACAACUUCUACGUCAUCGAGAGAGGCGUGUUCGAUAUCUUCGUGAAGAUAGAUGGGGCGCCCAAGAAGGUGGGCUGCUAUGACAACCGGGGCAGCUUCGGCGAGCUGGCGCUCAUGUACAACACGCCGCGAGCCGCCACCAUCGUGGCCACCACCGAAGGCUCGCUCUGGGCCAUGGACCGGGCAACGUUUCGGCGAAUCAUCCUGAAGAACGCUGCGCAGAAGCGCAGGAUGUACGAAGCCUUCAUCGAGUCUGUACCCCUUCUCAAGUCCCUCGAUGUGUCGGAGAGGAUGAAGGUGGUGGACACCAUCACCACCAAGUCAUACGAAGACGGGGAGCAAAUCAUCGCUCAAGCACCCAAGGCUGACUGUUUCUUCAUUGUCGAGGCUGGGGAAGUGAGGAUCAUGAUGAAGAGCAAAACCAAGGAGGGGGAGGUGGAGAUCGCACGCUGCACAAGGGGCCAGUACUUCGGAGAGCUGUCCCUCGUCACCAACAAGCCCAGAGCGGCUUCAGCCUACGCUGUCGGAGACGUCAAGUGCGCAGUCAUGGGCGUGCAGCCCUUUGAGCGCCUGCUGGGGCCGUGCAUGGACAUCAUGAAGCGUAACAUCACGCACUACGAGGAGCAGCUGGUGGCGCUGUUCGGGACGAGCAUGGACAUAUCGGAGAACUCCAGUCCCGCGCCUGUCUAGACGGGUUGCGGUCAGACAUCCGUUCAGCUCGAGUCCUGCAAUUCGCGACGGAAAAGUUAUUUCGCCCGGCGGAGUGUUGUUUGUCACCGGCGAGCGAUCAAAGCGCGACGGUGACGACCACAACUGUCCCCCCACCCCCGCCCACAAACACCAAAGCGCGACCGACUGUGACGGGAUUCGCGAGCCCUAAACGCAGACGCACACCGAGAAUGACUUGGCGGCGUUGUCCGGGACGGCGGUGCAACGCGCAAGGAACAGUUUUCUAAUUGGCUGUAUACGCAUCGAAAAAAAAUAUUUACAGGGUUUUCUCUGAUUGGCCAACCUGAUAAUAUUGGGUGGGGGGUGGUGGGAUAUUGUGAGCUGCUCACACCAACUUCGAAUAACUUGAGAGUGUCUGACUGUUGUCGCCUUGACUGAGAAUGACUAAAUGUGAUCCACAGACUUAAGACGAAUUCCACAGGUUAAGGUUAACAGGAAAGUAUAUAAAUAAAAUACAAAAUCUGACAUUUCCAAAUUACCACUGGACUGGACGUGUCUGCCCAUUGCAGCAAAACAAAAAAUUCCCGACAGGGCAGCGAAAGAAAAAAUAAUGCCGCCUGUGUCCACUCCACGAGCCGCGAUUGUUUCUGUUCGUAGCACGUGGCUGUUUGCACGUUUCGCUAUCAGGGUCUGUUGUCUGUCCGUAUACUCGUUCAUUGGAUAGCCGAUAUGUCAGUUUUUAGAAUUAACUCAUCUGUUUUUUUUUCUACCACGCCCUGUCGCUAAAAAGGUCGUCAUUACGCUUGAGGUGUAGCGGAACGGAAACGUGUCGUCAGCUGGUUAUGGAGGCUAGCACGCACCCAUAUGGAAGAUGGUGACAUCGAUAAUGCCGUUGGAAUAGUUUCUCCCACACAUUUAUGGACGUUGCCGUGUGUCGUUCGGCAUGGGCGUUCCACUUGGAUAAUAAGCGAGAAAUUAUAGCGAAAACAAACGUGUUUUAUCUCAAAUCUUCUGAACGUCUCCCAACCAAAUAAAUCGAUUACCACUCUCCUCCAUGAGACAUGGAGCACGUUGCAUUCACGUAAUUCACCCUCGCCUCAAAAGGAUGUCGUUUUUGGGGUGUUGAACUGUUUUGCCACCCUACAAACUGGGCGUGACCCGAUCCGUACCCUCCGACAUCACACAACGAUUCGAGACGCCGUGUAUGUGAUGGUGGCAACACCAUGCCCUAGCGGUCGGAGAGUAAGCGUGUGUCAUUCGAAGCCAUUAGGGGGGGGGGGUGGGAGCGGGGGUGUGAGUAUCCAUAAGUGGGUCGCCCCUAGUAUCUCGAAAAGAUUAAAGCGACCCCUGGUUCGCAUAUUGGAGGGGGUGGCACUUUCCCACCCGCUCGGCAUUUGAAUGCGAUGGAUUUUUUUUUUAUUCCGUUGUCAGUGACCUGGCUGAAAACUGUAAAUUCAUGACACUUGAGAACCGGAAUUAAUCGCAGGAAUCGAACCCAGAAUCCCAGUGGUGCCAGCUCAGUGCUCUGACAUCUGAACCACCCAAUCUCCUUGCACACAUUCAAAUUGUUAUUCGUCAGGGUAAGAUUUUUGCAUAACUGUCUUCGUGUUUUGCUCAAUGAUUUUCUUCAUUGUUACAUCACCAACGUCUUUAAAAUCUUGUUCUUGGCCAGCACUGUUAGCAUUGGGCUUUAUUGUUUUUCACUAAAUAUCUUGCAAUUUUUAAAACUGCCUCCACCCUCUGUCAUCCUCCCUUGAACACUGGUCCGUAGACCUGACAGUCGUCUAAGUCUGUCUGUGCUGCGUGCUGUGCUCGUGUGUGUGUGCGUGCGGUCUGCGCUCACUAACAGCACUUGCCCCAAAAUUAUGUUAUGGCUAUAUGGGGGAUCUUUGCCUUCGUGGAUGAGGAUACCCCCCCCCCCCCCCCCGCUGGUUGGUGAAGGUGGAGAGCAUUGAAAUGGAGCACAACAGUAGGUUUAACGACUGCAUUGGCCUCUGCUUGCCGAACAGCGUAACCUUUGUAACCCCGGCAGUUCAGCGACAGCUGUGUGGUGGUUGGGCCCUCUGCUGUUGGCAAAUGUGGCUGUUGGUACGUUGUGGGGGUUGAUGGAUUUAGCCGGUCAUGGGAAGAAUCUGGCGUGACGGCAGCAACCGUCUUGGUUGCAGUUCGCAAAGGGCACGGGUAGACUUUUAAUGGGGCGGUGGUGGUGGGGGCUGACACGAACACAAAACUACUCGCUCAAUUAGAAGUGUGAAUUGUAACGUUUGUGAUCGAUUCCAAACCUCGAGCCAUUUGUCGAUAACGCUGCCCUGAAUAGGACACGAUACACUGUGUAGUUGGUGGCGUUUAGAGCAACGGCACCGCUACAUAAGCGAGACUGGCCCGUGCUAGAAACGUUGCCUUAUUACUCUAUUAUAGGAUUAACUUUUUUCCACCUGAUUUAGAGAGGAAGAGUUGAGGGUGCAUCUGGUGGUCCGUUCAGGGUGUGCGUGUGUGCACACGACUAUAUUUGUACAACUUGAUUGUCUCAGGUUUGUGGUGCAACUUUUCGCAGCACCUUUAUAAUCCAGAGAAAACAAAGUUUUGGGUUGGUUACUCACCGCACAAAUCUUUGCUGCCUGUAAUCCAGCACGAUGGAGGCAGCUGUGAGGGUUGGUGGAUGGGCAUCGGGGAGUGGACUGAUCGCCAUCUGUUGCCAUCGGUACGGGGAUAUAGUAUUGCCCCCUCGCGCGUGUUGGUUUUCUCCAGGUGCUCCGGUUUCCUCCCACUUGUAUAAAUGCUACAUUGGCUGAAGACAUCUUUUAAAAUAAAAUAAAAAGUAAAACCCACUGCAGGACCCUCCUGAAAAAGAGUUCAUACGACUUAGCAUGGCUUCCUGGAUCACUAAGUAAAAUUAUUACGAUAUAUUUUGUUUCUUGGUGGGGUUCAGUGUUGUCGAUAAAAAUGCGUUGAGUUUGUGUUCUCUGCGAGCCACUGCCAACAGUCUCGCAAAAAAAACUUGAUUGUUUUUCUGCGUUCGUUUCUGCCCCCCCGCCACCGUUACCGGCCGUUGAACAUAGCAGCUCGCAGUGUCCUUUCGCAUGCCAAAGACGCCGUAACCCGAUUGGUCGAGGCCCUUCUGGCGUGAGGAUUUUUUUCCUUUUAAUAUACUAAAAUGACACCUCGUCAAGCCAUACUAAAAUCGAAAGUUAAUUGACUUAAUGAAUGCCGGCAACAUGACACGCGGGUGGGGGUGGAAGCAUUUGUUGCUGCUGCUGCUGCAGCACACAGUUUUAAUGAGCACAACGUGGCCAGGUAUAUAUAAAGUUAGUUUUUUGCCCCUCUGCUUGGUUAUGACAUUUAAAUGGUGGGCAUCUCGGCUUCAUAUUCCAUUGCGAACUUUAAUGGACAACUGCUGUACUUGAGCUAAAUCCUCACGCGCGCGCCCGCACGGACCACCCCUUUCCAAACGCAAUUGAAUUUAAACGUUCACCGCGUGAUCGGAUUAGUCGAUGUGCUCAUCGUCCCUUGUCGCUUGUCAGCAAAACAUGAAUAAUAAGCGUUUUAAGUCAGGGUAUCGACGACUCUGGGUAGACGGGCGCAAUGUUGUGACUUAACCCUGCGGCGUAACCUUGUUUAAAGGAGAUGGGGGGGGGGGGUCCCAUACAAAAACUCAGGGUGGGGGUGGGGCAUGGCACACUCAACGUUUGACAUGUUUAACGUGAUCGUCGCGUUUUGUGGCCGGGCUGUGCCGCCACGGUUGCUCGGCGCGAUGUCCAAUGUUUCGCUACACUUGCUGUGAGCUUCUCAAUUCUGGGACCUUCUAAUUCGGUUCCUCAAGAAGUUCCCAGCAACGUGCGGGCAAGACGUCGGACAUCAGGCAUGAGCCGAAAGCGCUUUGAAAAGCUCCGUUCACGAUUACGAUUGCCACCACCAUCAUCACUGUCAUCAUGGUAUCACGAUCAUCUUGUACCAACAGUUUUUGACUUCAAGAAUUUGUUGACAGCGGCGAAGCCUUCAGCAGGAGGACUCGGGCCCCAUCCAGCCCCCCUCAACGUUACGGCAGCCGCUGUCACGGUUUGCUAAACAAGCGGGUUUUGUGGGUGUCGCAAGGAUAAGUAGAACUCUCGUAUUGAAAGGAUUGGACUUUGGCCGUGUCGCACCUUCUGCUUCACAACUGAGCCCUGCCCGGGCCGUACCAGGCCAGCCCGGCGCAGAUCCGGGCGCGCCGGGGUUAUUUUUCUACUGCGGAACGCAAUCCGCGCCGCCGAAGCCACGUGCAACGGACAGGUCGACACACGUGUCAAUGUCGCAGCUGGCCUCGCAGCGUGCCGGCUGCCGCGUCAUGACGGAUGCGUCAAAUAGGCCCCCACCGCUGGCCGCCUCGUCCCAAGCCAGAUGUCCGAUGUUUUGUGAGGUCAGCGUAAGCACGGUUUGGUUCCGGCUCGACGAGCCAGUGUAAAAGCACCCGUACCGCGAAGGGCCAUUGUGCUCGAUUGGCUAGCUUGGCUCUGAUGUGCCAGUGGAAAAAAAGGCUUAUUAUUGUUGUUUCCUAGGAGGUGAACGCAAAGUGUUUCUCAGUCCGUUGGUGAUUUAUGUUUUUAUUUCUCGUGCAAGCGUCGUGGGUGAUGCUUUGUUUUUUUUUCGCUUGCUGCAGUGUUUUUAUCGGUUUGUGUUUUUAGAAGAUGGUACGGACACUGCUACUGCCAACACCUGAAAAAUGGCCCAGGGAUUUUUUUCUACUGGGGUUCCUACUUCCAACCAGUGUGCAUUUUGGUAUUUUCUGACACUGAAAUAAACAAAUAAAAAGACAUUGGGGGUUUUUU